UGCGGUAGGUUCGAGUUGAAGAAGCGUCAUAAUGGAGUCUGUCGGAGGAUAAAGUGACAAAAAUCUGACAAAAAUCAAACAAUCCCGUGAAUUUAGAUUUAAAUAAAGUCUGAGGAGGUUCAUGGUUCUUCAGAGAAAACAUUUUCACAAGAAUCUACCGAGUUAAUGACAGCUAGAUAGAUAACUUCGCUGCGGAGACAGAUUGUUGAUCUACCUGGUCACCAUGGCAACAGACGUGGGCUCGCCACAGCGGUUCUUCCACAUGCCGCGUUUCCAGCACCAGGCGCCUCGUCAGGUUUUCUACAAACGGCCGGACAUGGCUCAGCAGCAGGCCAUGCAGCAGCUCACCUUCGACGGGAAGCGCAUGAGGAAGGCCGUGAACCGCAAGACCAUAGACUACAACCCGUCUGUCAUCAGAUACCUGGAGAACCGUCUGUGGCAGCGGGAUCACCGAGACUUCAGAGCCAUCCAGCCUGAUGCCGGCUGUUACAAUGACCUCCUUCCUCCUCUUGGCAUGUUGAACAACCCGAUGAACGCCGUCACCACGAAGUUCGUCAGAACCUCAACCAACAAAGUCAAGUGUCCUGUGUUCGUCAUCAGGUGGACUCCUGAAGGGCGCCGGCUGGUGACUGGAGCCUCCAGCGGAGAGUUUACUCUUUGGAACGGACUCACCUUCAACUUUGAGACCAUCCUGCAGGCUCAUGACAGUCCGGUUCGGGCCAUGACCUGGUCUCACAACGACAUGUGGAUGCUGACGGCAGACCACGGAGGCUACGUAAAGUACUGGCAGUCCAACAUGAACAACGUGAAGAUGUUCCAGGCUCACAAGGAGGCCGUUAGAGAAGCCAGCUUUUCUCCAACUGACAACAAGUUUGCCACCUGCUCAGACGAUGGUACUGUCCGGAUCUGGGAUUUCAUGCGCUGCCACGAGGAGCGGAUCCUCCGAGGUCACGGAGCUGACGUAAAGUGUGUCGACUGGCAUCCAACCAAAGGUCUGGUGGUGUCAGGGAGCAAAGACAGCCAGCAGCCUAUCAAGUUCUGGGACCCAAAGAUGGGCCAGAGUCUGGCCACGCUCCACGCCCACAAGAACACCGUCAUGGAGGUGAAGUGGAACCUGAAUGGUAACUGGCUGCUGACGGCGUCACGUGACCACCUGUGCAAAUUAUUCGACAUCCGGAACCUGAAAGAGGAGCUGCAGGUGUUCAGAGGGCAUAAGAAGGAGGCCACAGCUGUCGCCUGGCAUCCGGUUCACGAGGGUCUGUUCGCCAGCGGAGGCUCCGACGGCUCGCUGCUGUUCUGGAACACCGGUGUGGAGAAGGAGGUUGGGGGCAUGGAGAUGGCCCAUGAGGGGAUGAUCUGGAGUCUGGCCUGGCACCCACUGGGUCACAUCCUGUGUUCUGGUUCCAACGACCACAGCAGUAAAUUCUGGACCAGGAACCGACCCGGGGACAAGAUGCGGGAUCGUUACAACCUGAACCUGCUACCUGGGAUGUCAGAGGACGGCAUGGAGUACGAUGACCUGGAACCAAACAGCAUGGCCAUGAUUCCCGGGAUGGGAAUCCCUGAGCAGCUGAAGGCCGCCAUGGAGCAGGAGCAGAGCAGUAAAGAAGCAGCUCCAGAAGUGGAGAUGUCCAUCCCUGGACUGGACUGGGGCAUGGACGAGGUGAUGGGCAAAGACGCCAAGAAGGUUCCUCAGAAGAAAGUCCCAUACGCAAAACCCAUCCCAGCUCAGUUCCAGCAGGCCUGGGCCGAAAACAAAGUUCCCAUGAUGCCUCAGUCUGCAGACCUGAUCAAAGACCGAAGCAUGGACCUGAAGGUGGACAUGAAGAAGAAGACACAGGCGGAGCUCGAGCAGGAGAUGGCAGCGCUCCAGUACACCAACCCCCAACUGCUGGAGCAGAUGAAGAUGAACCAGAUGAACUCAGACGGGAACAUGGGGCCCCCACAGGGACCUGGCUCCAUGCCUUCAUUCCAGGGCCCCGGGGGUCCUGGUGGUCCUGGGCCUCCUGGCUCACAGGGGUUUCCUCCAAACAUGCCUCCUCAGCAGAUGUCCAACAUGGGGCCUCCUAUGGGCCCUGGAGGGAUGCAGACAUCUUUCAUGCACCCUGGACAAAUGGGGCCCCCCUCUGGACCCCCACCUCAUCAGGGACCCCAUCAGGGCAUGAUGGGACCUUCAGACAUGCAAGAAUCACAGAGACAUCCUGGCCCCCCAAGAAACAUGGGCCCUCAGGGUCCUCAUGGUAUGGGACCCAGAGGGAUGCAGGGGCCCCCUGGGGGGAUGAUGGGCCCCCCUCCUCGAGGAAUGGGUCCAAGGGACCCUCAAGGACCACCCCCACAGGGUGGAAUGAUGCCACCUCAAGGAAACAUGAUGGGGCCCCAGGACCCAAUGCAGGGUGGAGUAAUGGGGCCCCCACCACGGACACACAGCAACGUGCCCAACAACUACAGGGUGGGCAACAUGCAGGGGUCCCCUGGAGGGAUGCAUGGGCCCCCUAGUGGGAUGCUGGGACCCCCGGGUAACAUGCAGGGGCCAACGUACAUGCAGCACCAGGGUCAGAACUCGGGGCCCAUGAUGCAUGGGAUGGGCCCACAGGGGCCCAACAACAAAGACCCUCGGGGGCCACCACCCAACCACCACUUGGGUCCUCCUGACCGGCAGGGUCCUGGUGGUAUUGGAGGACCUGACCAGGGUUCAGGCUCUUACUGGGGAGACAACCAGCAAGGACGACGUGGCCCGCAAGACUUUGAAGGGGGACAGGACUUCCAUGCCCGAGAAGAGGAUGGCUGGAGACCAGGACCUAGUCCAGGAUUCCAAGGGGGAGGUCACAGAGGGGUCGGAGGAAACUGGGGCCCCGAUGAGCGCUUCAGUGGGAGGGAUUUCAGAGGACGGCGGGAGGACAGGUUUCGAGGAGGUGGGCCCGGUAGACCUGGGGGGCGGAGCUACACUGAUGAGUUUGGAGGUCAGGAGGAGGGCUUUGAUGGUGCAGAGGAAAUGGGCCGAGGUUGGGAAUCUGGAGGUCGCGGAAGACCGCCGAGAGGAGGAGGUCCACCGAGAGGAGGCCAUGAUGGUUACCGGGACGACGGCUCGUCUCCAGGGGGCCGCGAGCGUCCCUCGUCUCUGCAGGGUAUGGACAUGGCGUCUCUGCCCCCCCGGAAGCGUCCGUGGCAAGACGGGCCAGGAACGGGAGGAGACCUCCGAGAGCGCGAGUCCCCUGGAGGCGAUGGAGGUCGUUUUCCUCAGAGGGAUGACGGUGGCUAUCCUCCAUCUGGUCGAGGUGGACGGGGUGGCUGGGGUCCUGGAGGAGGUCCAGGACCGGGUUCGUGGAGAGGAGGACCUCCACCGAGAGGAGGGCCAAGAGGCGGUGGGCGGGGACGAUAG